AGCGGAGCACCAGGUUGAGCUCUUGACGCGGUAAGAGAAACAACCAUUUCACAGAUCCUUGGUUCUCUCAGCAUCUUGAGCAGAUGGUGUUUCUCGAAUCUCGAGCAACAGUAGCACGUCAUUAGUGAGUCUGUUCUUAGAGGUGUCUAUUCCCCCAAUCUCCUUGCAAUAUCGAAGCCUCCGAUUUGCGGUCCGACUUCUAGAAUUCACUCUCCGUCCCUGGCCGUCAGUUCUAGUAGGACUAACGAGGACAGAGCGCGACCUCGUCUGGUCUCCUCUUUCGUAGUGUCGUACUUCCUAAACAUUUUCAGUUACGGCCUAUUUUCUCUUUUCUUCUUUUUUUCGUUUCGUCCAUUAACUUUAGGCCAUGGCGCAGCAGCAAGGCGUCGACGAGUUGACCCUGAUGCAGCAAACGCCAGGCGGAAUGGUCUUGGCUCCAGCUCCUGCAAUGGACCCUUACGGUUCGCAUCAUCAGCAUCAGCAACAGCAUCAGCACCAGCUCCAGCUUCACCAUCAUCACCACGCGCACCCCGGAUUGGUCCCGCAAUCUCUCGACGAAUCAACGGUCAUGAUUCCUGCUGAGGCCGACGCGGUCGCAGCCAUGCUCGGAAAUGCCGGCGGCGAGGUGAUUCUAACGAGCGGAGGCCUAGCCAGCGCGGCUCACGGUCAUCCUGGAGCGAUUGUGACUACACAGGGGGUUAUGGCUGCCGGCGGCAUUCCGCAUGGUCAAGUCGUGAUGACCGCGGAUGGGAGGAUGAUGACCGUUGACGGGUCGGUUCUGACCAAUCAGGGAGUACUAGUCGCUGCUGCGUCCGCACUUGAGCACGCCUCGAUUCAAGAACACGCCGCGGCGAUGCACCACGCCUCGAUGCAAGAACACGCCGUCGCGAUGCACCACGCCGCGAUACAAGAACAAGCUGCUGCUGCUGCGGCGGCGGCGGCGGCAGCAGCGUUGCGGCAGCACCACCCGGUUCCGGAACGGCCUUCGCCGAUGCCGCACUAUGCGGAGGAAGACGAACAGCACGUGUCGAUGCAGCACGUACAUCACCACCAGCACCAGCACCAGCACCAGCACCAGCACCAGCACCAGCACCAUGCGUCGAUGGCGGAACACGAGUCCGUGCAGCAACAUCAAGACCAGCAGCAUCAACAAUUACAGCAUCAGCAUCUAGCCCACGAGAGUAUGCAGCAGCACCAGCAGCACCAGCAGCAGCAUGAAGGCCACGCGUCAAUGCAGGAACAUCAACCCACCCAUCACGGCGGACAUCACGGCGGAUACCACGGCAGAGAUCGCGCCGCACAUCACGCCGCACAUCACGGCGGAAAUCACGAGGAGCUCGCUAUGGUUGCGGCCCACGGAGACCCCAUGGCGCCGACCCAAGGCGACUUAAGCGGAGGCGAGUCGGAGGGCGAGGAGGAAACGGUGAUGCUCCGCGGGCGCAGCAAGAACCGGCAGGCCGUGGAGCUCAUAAUCAAACAGGAGAUCUGCGCGCUCAAGAACGCGCGCCCCAAGAUCACCGCGGCGGGGAUCUGCCAGGUAUUACGCGCGAAAUACGGUAACUCUACCGUGCGAGAGUCGCAGAUCCCGCGGAUCCUGCGAGACGAACACAAGUGGGGGCGCGCGCCCGCGAACUUCAAGCGCGUGAGGCAGCCGCACAACGUGCGGCUGGAGGAGGCGCUGGCGGUGUGGGUGCGCGAUAUGAAGGCGCGCGGCGAUUUCCGAGUCACGUGCGAUCGGAUCUUGGAGCACGCGAAGGACAUUGGGCCGUCGCUGGGCGUCCCUGCGUCCUUCAGGUAUAGCCGCGGAUGGAUUUCUCGCUUCCUGCGGCGAUGGGGACUCACGCGCAAGGCUGUGGAGGCAGCAAGGGAGGCCAACUUCAACCCCCUAGACCCUUCCUCGGGCCCCUCUCACGGCGGUGGGGGAGGCACCGACAGCGCCUCACACAUCAUCGACAGCCGAAGUUUAUUAGAGCUGGCAGACGAACAGCUGAAUCUCGAGGAAGCUGCCAGGCGCGCAUCUGAGCCGUCGGAUCUCCUCGCUGAGCUGGCAGAUGAGGAUAUCCUGGCCGCUGCUGCCAGCAUCCCUGCUGUGGGGAGUAGUGUUGUGGCGGCCGUGGCCGGAUCCAGGGGCGCGCAAUAUGCGCCUGGUGCUGCUGGCAUGGGGGGGAUGAGCGGUGGGGAGAUGGUUGGAGAGGGGCAGCUGCAGGCGGUGGCAGAGGAGGUGCUUCUGGGGCUGGAUGGAUCUGUAGCACGGGCGUCGGUUCCUUCUGCUGCUGCUGCUGCUGCUGGCGCCGCUGCUGGUACCGCGCCUGGUGCAGGUGCCUAUGCGCCUGGUUCGCAUAUGCUCGUGCCUUUUGGAGCCACGUUCACCUCUUCUCAAGGCGCACUCGGGUCCUCUCAAGGCCCGUUCGCCCACGGUCAGUUGUCGUCUUCUGCUCCCGGCCACCCGCCGUCCGCGCCUGCCCCGCCCCCCCAGCGCCGGCGCAACAUCACAGUGAAGCUGAAGCGCGCCAUCUGCGUGCUGAAGCGCGCCAAGCCACGCCUGCGCGCGUCCGCCAUCAUAGACGCCGUGCGCGCAAGCACAGGCAUUUCUCUAGGCACCCACCAGGUGUCGCGGAUCCUCCAAGACAGUGACAGGUGGAUGCGCGCCCAGACGAACGCCAACGCGGUUAAGAGAGUGAGGGACCCUGAGAAUGCUGCGCUUGAGGAGGCGCUGGCGGACUGGGUGAAAGAGAUGCGGGCGAAGCAUGGCGAGGCGAUGGUUACCAGGGACGAUAUGAUCGACCAUGCGAAGCGGAUCGGGCCCGGGCUAGGGGUUCAGCCGGGGUUUAAGUACAGCAGGGGGUGGCUGUCGCGGUUUUUGUGGCGGUGGGGGUUGCAGACGAGGGAGGAGAGUGAGGCGACGAGGAGGGAGGGGGGAGAAGGUGGUGAGGGGUCGUCUGGAGCUGCUGCUGCUGGGGCUGCUGGGCGUUCUCUGGCUCUAGUGCCUGCUGGUGCUGAAGGGGAGGCUGACGUAGGCUCCACUGGUGCUGCUGCUGCUGGGGCUAGUGCUGCCGCUGCUGCUGGUGCUGUUGGUGCAGGCAGUGAUGUUGGCAGUGACUUGGUUAUAUCCUCUCACGACUUUGUUAUUACCGGGACUGACAGUGACGAGGAUAAUUUCCUCCGUCUGGUAGAGGAGCAGCUGGCUGAGGCAGAGAAGGCAGGCGGCGUCAGGGGAGCAAUCGCUUGGGGGGGUGAGGGAGGUGAAGGAGGGGAAGGAGGAGAGGGAGGAGCAGGGGGGUCUUCCGAGGGGGAGGAUACUGGGGACGAGACAGACAUAGGCGAAGGUGGGGGAGAGGGAGAGAGGAGGCGGCGGUACGGGGGGGUGUUUGGCGGGAUGGGGAGCGGUGAGGGAGCAGGAGAUGCACUGGAUGUGGACACAGAUGGGAUCAGGCGAAGGCGGAUGGUGCAGGUGAAGGUAAAACGGGCAGUGUGCGCCUUGAAGCGAGCACGGCCGGACCUCUCAAGCCGUGAGAUCAUCGACGCGGUGCGGGUUAAAUACGGGGUGGAUCUCCCCCCGUCUGCUGUGCCGCGGAUUCUGAAGUACGACGAGCGGUGGCAGCAGGCGGGCGCGGCCGCGUCGUGCCGCGUGCGCUCGUGUAUGAACUCGAAGCUGGAGGAGGUUCUGGCCUCUGCUGUGCGGAGGGCGCUGGCCCGUGCUGCUGGUGAGGCUGGGGAGGGUGCGAGGGGGGGUGAGGGUGGGGAGGGUGUGCGGGGUGGUGAGGGUGGUGAGGGUGGUGAGGGUGUGAGGGCGGUGGGAGGGGAAGGUGGGGAGGAGGGAGUGGAUGGUGCUGCUGGUGGAGGUGAAGGAGGAGGAGGAGGUGGGGGAGGGGAGGGAGGGGGAGAAGCGGGAGAAGGAAGGGGAGAAGGAGAUGGAGGAGGAGAAGGAGGAGGAGGACGCGGAGAAGGAGAGGAAGGAGCAGUAGUUGCAGCCGCAGCAGCAGCAGCAGCAGCGCCAGCAGUGGCAAGGACGGUGACAGUGCAGUCGAUCUUAGACCAUGCCAGGCGCAUAGGCCCGCUGCUGGGAGUGGCGCCGGGGUUCCGAUACAGCAAGGGGUGGGUCUGCCGCUUCCUUCAGCGCUGGGGCUUCGGCAGCAAGCACCUCAAGAGCGGGGUGCUGGGGGUGGUGGCUUCUGGGGCCGGUGCUACUGUGGGUGGUGAAGCGGGGGGAGAGGAAGGGGAGGCGGGGGAGGAUGAGGAGGGGAGGGAGGAGAGAGAGGAGCGGGAGUUGCAGGAGCUGUUGAGUAUUGUGGACGCUCAAGCGGCUGAGCAGGCGCGUAUGGAGGCGAUGUAUGGUUGGGGGUACGGGGGAGGGGGAUAUGGUGGAGGGGGAUAUGGGGGAGGAGGGUAUGGAGGGGGUUAUGGGGGAGGGGGAUAUGGGGGAGGGGAGACAGGCCCGACAGGUACACCUGGGCAGGUGCCAUUUGCGGUGGGUGUCCCUGCUGCUAGGCUUGGAAUCAUCCGCACGCCCGAGGCUGCAGCUGCGGCUGCUGCAGCUGAGGCUGCGGCUUGGGAAUACGCUUCGGGAGGGGGCCCUGGGCAUUCGAGGAAGAGGAAGAGCAGGGGGUUUGGGAUUGGGCCUGGUGACGUGGCGCUGCACAAUAGGUCGAGAUCGCACUUCUGGGAUUUGAUGGUGACGGAAAUGGCAGGGAAGCAAGAGGGCGGGGUGAAGGCAGAGGAGGGUAUGGAGGGGGGAGGGCAUGUGGGUGGUGAAGAGAAGUAUGGCGAGGAAGGCAGAGCUGCUGCUGGGGCAGAGGGUGCUGCUGCUGCUGCUUCUGGUGAUGCUCCUGGUAGUGGUGCUGCUGGUGCUGCUGCUGCUGCUGGGGAGACGCGUUCCGUUGCUGCUGGUGAUGGUCCGGCUAAUGUGGUCAUCGCUGCUGGUAAUGACGUGAAGGAUGUGGCACAGGCAGAAGGUGCUGAUGGAAUGGCACAGGCGGGGAUGGACGGAGUGGAGGAGCAGCAGGGUGCUGCUGCUGCUGGGGAGACGGGUGCUGCUCUUGCUGCUGCUGGGGAGUCGGGUGCUGCUCCUGCUGCUGCUGGGGAGACAGGUGCAGCUGCUGCUGCAGCUGCAGAUGCCACUGCUGGUACUGGUGAUGUGAAGGUUGAUGUGGGGGGUGGGACUGUGGCAGGUGAGCGGGCGGAAGCAGAGAAGCAAGCAGAGGGCAACGAGAAAGGCAGGGAUGGAGAGGUGAGCAUUGCUGACAAGGGAGGAGCUGGUUCUGCAGUCGAAGCGCCUUCUUUUGCAGGGGAUGCUGCUGCUGUGGCUGCGGCUGAUGGUGCUGCUGCUCCUGACAAUCAUGCUGCUGGUGGUGGUCAAGAUGCCAAGGCUGCCGAAGCAGCAGCAGUAGAUGCGUCACAGAUAAAACCAGAGCAAACGCCUGUCCCAGCUGCUACAACAGCAGCACCGGCUACUACAACAGCAGCACCGGCUGCCCGUCAAUUGGCUCCAGCCCAAACCCCUCCCGUUGCUCCUGCGCAAGCAACACCGCAUGCACCUGCAGGACUAGAAGAGAAACCUGCAGCCGUAGCACAACCAGCAGGAACAACAGGACCAGCGGUAACGCCUGUAACUCCUGCAACCCCUGUAACACCAGCGUCAGCUCCCAUAACGCCUGUAACACCAGCAGUCACGCCUGUAACACCAGGCAUGCCAGCCCCUGCUACAGGUCCGGAAGGCUUUGGCUGGCAAGCCGGUUACAACUACCCUGGUUACGGCCAGGGGUACAGUUACAGCUCUGGAUAUGGCACCAGGGGAAGGAGAGGACGGGGAGGCGCUAGGGGGAGGGGGCGGGGAGGGAGGGGCAGGCGUGGGGGAGGCACGAGUGCUGCUGGUGGCGGCAUUGGGGGUAUUGGGGGAAGCAGGAUGAUGGGGCUUGCUGCGUCUGCUGGGUUGAUUCCAAGCUGGGCUGCUAAAGCAGUGGCGGCUGUUGAAUCCCCUUUUGCCCCGCCUCCCCCUCCUGCUCCUCCUUCCCCUCCCCCCCCUCCUCCUCCUCCUCCUCCUCCCCUUGCCCCUGCCCCUACCCCUGCCCCUGCCCCUGCCGCUGCCCCUGAAGCAGCAACAGCAGCAGCCUCAGAGUGUGCUCCUGCCCCUGCAGCACCUGCUGCUGUCGGAGUGAAUGUUACUGAGGGUGAUGCAGCUGCUGCUGAUGGUUCCGGGGCAGUGGUGGCUCCAGCUUAUGACGGGGAGGCUGGUGCACAUGCUGUUGCUGCUGCUGCUGCUGCUGCUGCUGCUGACGAUGCUGACGUUACUUCUGGUGCUGAUGCCUCGGUCCCUCUAAGUGCAGGUGUUCCUGAGACAUCUACAGAUCCUAUGGAUAUGGAUGUUAUUCUUCCACAGACAACUGCAGCUCCUACGGCUGCUGAUGUUGAUGUUGCUGUGGAUGGUGGGGCUGCUCCAGUUACUGUGGACAAUCCUGCUGCUGCAGCUGCUCCAGCACCGGUUUCUGCUGCUGCUUCCGAUGUUGCUGCUGGUGCUAUUGAAGUGCCUGCUGCUGACAAUGUUCAAGCUUCUGCCUCUGCUGCUGGUGACGACCCUACAUCUGCCAGCCUUACUACAGCCACUCCUGUUGUUGCCGCAGAUACUGUAACUGCAGCUGAUGCUGGUCCUGAUGCAACUACAGCUGAUAUGUCUGUGACAGCUGCUGCAGCGACAGUUGAUGCUACUCCAGCAGAUUCUAUGGCUGCUCAUGCCGAUGUUAUGGCUACCGAUGCUUUGGAGACACGCACUAUAGCAACGGAUGUAACAGCUACAGAUGCUGUGGCUACAGAUUUUAUGGCCACAUAUGUCUCAGCUACAUACUCUUCGGAUGCAGGCACGGCAGCUGACCCAUCCGCCCCUUCUGGGGUUGGUGGAGCGGCAGAAGCUGCAGCCACUGAGGCAGGCGUAAUGGGGGAUGGCACAAGUGGUGGAGUGGCAAGAGGUGGUGAAGGUUCUGGCAAUGCUGGUGGCGGUGCUGCUGGUGCUGCUGACCCUAUGGAGAUCGAAGCCGGUGUGGCCAAUGGCGAACCUCUUGACACCGUUGUCCCAGCUGCGCCGAGUCACCAGGAAACGGCAGCAGGUGGUGAAGCUGCACCCGGUGAAGCCGCACCCGGUGAAGCUGCACCCGGUGAAGCUGCACCCGGUGAAGCCGCACCCGGUGAAGCUGCACCCGGUGAAGCUGCACCCAGUGAAACUGCACCCAGUGACGCUGCACCCGGUGAAGCUGCACCCAGUGAAACUGCACCCAGUGACGCUGCACCCAGUGAAGCUGCACCCGGUGAAGCUGCACCCAGUGAAGCUGCACCCAGUGACGCUGCACCCGGUGAAGCUGCACCCAGUGAAGCUGCACCCAGUGAAACUGCACCCAGUGACGCUGCACCCGGUGAAGCUGCACCCGGUGAAGCUGCACCCGGUGUUUCUCCCCCUCCUGUGCUGGUUGGUGAAAAUGCUUCUACGGAAAGUGUGCCGGCAGCCAUCCUUCCUGCUACACCCAAUGCUGCUGAUGCUGAAGCCGGCAUGCCGACUAAUGUGGCUGAUGCUGGUGCUGAUACUGCUAUGGGUGAAACCGCAGCUGAAGCUGGAACUGCAGUUGCACAUGGUACUAGUGGUGAGGCCCUGGUGAUCGCACCUGCUGCCACGCACGCUCUCCCGCAUCCCCUCCCAGGUGCUCCCCCUCUCUUCACUUCGUCCCUCCCCAUUCCUGCUCCCCUGGGCUCAGGCCUCACCCACGCGCCACUGCAUUCCUCCUCUGAGGUCUCUGCCUUCUCGCCUGCCCUGGGACAAAGCCGAGUGCUGCCCGUUGCUGCCCCUGCUGCUGCUGCUACCGCUGCUUCUGCUGUUGAUGAUGCUGCCAGAACUGCUGCUGCUGUUGCUGAUGCUCCUGCUUUUGAUGGUAGCACUGCUGCUGUUGCUGCUGAUGACCUGUCUUGUGCUGCUUCUGGGUCUGCUAGUUUUGCUACAGCUGUUGAUGCUGCUACAGCUGUUGACGCUGCUACACCUGUUGAUGCUGCAACUGCUGGUGCUGCAGUGGGUGAAACCAAUGGGGAUGCUGAUAGGCAACAGCAAGAGCUCAGUGCUGCGCCUGAAGAACCCUCUGCUGCUGCUCCUCCUGCUGCUGCUGCUGCUGCUGCUGCUCCUCCUGCUGCUGCUGCUGCUGCUGCUGCACCGUCUGCUGACGAGUGUGAAAAUCCCUAUGCAUUUGCUGCGCCUCAAGAGUCUGCUGCAGAGGAUAUCAGUGUUCCACAAGUGGCACAACUGCCUGCAGAGCAACUCACCCAUGCUGCUGCUGCUGCUCCACCUGCUGCUGGUGUUGCUGAUCCCAACGACCCCUAUGCUUUUGCGAAGCCUCAAGAAGAGCCUGCAGCACCACAUGCCAAUAGCACGCCAGAGCCACCACCGCCUGCUGCCGGCCCUGAAGACGCAGACCCGUAUGCUCUUGUCUAGGGGGGCACGGUGUUUGCAUCCUAGCAUGAUCCCCUUAGUUCCCUAUUUCUCCUCACCCUUUCUUGCCCAUCCCCCUUACUAUGAACCCCACGCUUUUCCUGUUCCGCGGGCUUGUCUUACAUACUCGCUUCCAUGAACUUUCUGGCGGUGCGGAAUAGAACGUUCGUAUGCAGCCAGUUGUGUAUUUGCACCUGAGCUUCAAUUUCACAUC